AGCGAGGAAGAACGUGAGGAUGUCGACUCCCCGAACCUCUGUCACAGAUCCCGCUGGCUCGUGUCCACGCAUUGGAUCCGCUAUUUAAAAGGGACUCUGCCGACAAACCCGUUACAAACCCAGAGAGCCUCGAGGAAACGCGUGAAACGGGCUGACGCGCUCCAAAGGGAAAACAUCCCGGUAACUCAGUUCCUGUGACUGUCGCAAUGGAUUUGGCGCAGAACGCCUCCGCUCUUUCAUCGCAGUGGAGCAACAGAAGCGCGUUGCCCGGUGGAAGCGACAACAACGCGUACCUGUACAUCAUCAUCGUGGUGUCCUUCUACGGAGUCUUCCUCAUUGGGAUCAUGCUCGGUUACCUGCGCACCAAGCGGCGCGAGAAGCGUCGCUCGAACGUAUUUACGCGGCUUCUGCACGAAGAGGAGCAACGCGAGUGGGGCGCGAGCCAGAAGAAGAACAGUCUCAGUCUUCCCGCAUUUCCCGCGCUGCGCGCAACGCCGGUGCCGUUCAUGCUCAACCCCGACCGCUCGCCUCUGGCGUGCGCGUUGUGCUCGGUGGAGCAGAGCAGCGUGAGCUCUCUCAGCUCCGUGGCAGAUGUGCACUUCGCCAUCGAGGAGGAGUCGGACAGCGGCGGAGGACCCGAGGAUACACAAAAAACGGGCGUAGGAUCGGACCACCACCCCGGGGGAAACCUCUGAGGUUCCCGCCAAAAACAUGAUUAUGGCAACCAAAGUUCCCGCCAAUAAUACUUACCACAGUUUACGUUACUACAAAUGAAACUGUUUGAAAUUGGUUCUAGCCACCAUUGUAAUACAAAAAUAAAUUAAAGAACGUUUUUUUGAAAGUUUCUUGUACUGUUUUAAGAACAUCCUGUGUUACUUCAUUCUGGUUUUACUGUAAAUAACUGUAGUAAAGUGGCAGGAACUGGUUACCGGCAAAAAAGUUCUCUAAAGUGCCUUGGCGGCAAGUACGAACUCUUUUACAGAAGAAACAUACUUUUACACAUGUACGAAAGCCAACGAAGUUUGUACAUAGAUAAGUGCACUAUUGCGUUGCUGUGGCAGCAGUUCUGAACUUUACUUGUCAUCUUUGUUGCAUUGCUAGCUUCACUGGCAAAUCUCAUUGAAAAUAUCGACGCAAUUGACUUUAGUGGCUCAGCAAAAUUAUCUUCAAAAGCAUUAAUCGGCCUGAAAAAGGAAAUGAACUGGAGAAAGAGGCUGAUCAAACUAAUGUCCUGUAGCGCCCCUUGUGGCAACACUGAAUGCAACGCGUAGGCUACACGUUGGAUUUGACUUGGAAUACAUACAAUGACAGGAAAUUGAACUUGUGUUACUAGAAGCCUCUUCACGUAUUUGUGUAAAGUAUGUUUCAGGCCUUAAACGCGAUGUAACCACUGCAAACAUUGCGAUAAACCUGGAAUCACUUGAAAAAACAACAACUUUAAAAUCAUUUUACUUACUAAAGGUCUAUAUCGUCUUCCACGGGGUUGUGUAAAAUGAUUUAAAAUGUUACAAUUAGUAGGCCUAUGUAAAAUGAUAUGUAUAUAUUGUUCUACAUGCAUGGAUGUCUCUAUUUAAAUGUUAUCUUAUUGUGUAAACUAAAUAAAAUGUUCUUAAUGUGAA